AUGUUUAAAAAGCUGAAACAGAAAAUAAACGAGGAGCAGACGCCUCCGAGGAGUGCGCAGUCACCAGCGCAGGCCCAGGGAAUUCCUGGAGGCCGCCGCGGGUCUUUUCAUGAUGGCUCUCCUACUCCCAGAGACAGAGAGGUGCUGGCCGGGAUGAUAGCAGAGCCCGCUUUUCUCUCUGAGUAUACUAUCUUUGCACUGGACCAUUCAAAACGACCCAAAACGGCCCAGGUAGCCAGUGUGACUGCUACUAAAGAACCACCCAGAUCACCCAGAGGUAGUGUCAAUGGAGAUCGAAGUGCCUCUCCUCAAAAAGAGGAGCCCCAGUCCUUUGCACAGAAACUUCAGCUCAAAGUCCCAUCAAUGGAGUCUCUGAUUCGUAGCGGUGCCAGUCGAGCAGAAAAUUUGUUCCGAUCCCCAUCCAAAGACAACCUGGUGCGGACAUCCUCCCGGGAAUCGCUGACACCUUUGGGGGAAAGCGAGCCGCUGGGUGCCCCCUCUUACGACCCUCCGUCCGACAUUGAGAGUGAGGCCGAGGAGCCGCCGGGAAGUGCAGAGUCCUUGUCCAAAGACCAGCUGCUGCACAGACUUCUGCAGGUGGAGAGCAGCCUGGGGAAGUACAGGGGCAAGUACUCAGAGCUUGUGACUGCAUACAGAACGGUUCAGCGAGACAAAGAAAAAACACAGGCCAUCCUAAGUCAGAGUCAAGAUAAGGCACUGCGCAGAAUUGGGGAGCUGCGGGAGGAGCUACAGAUGGACCAACAAGCAAAGAAGCACUUACAAGACGAGUUUGAUGCUGCACUGGAGGAGAAAGACCAAAUGAUCACGGUUCUCCAAACACAGGUCUCAUUAUUGAAGAAGCGCGUCAAAGGUGUUUCAGACGGUACUGCGCUGCCCGAGGGUGAAGUCUCACUAUCGGAAGAUUCAAACUCUGCCCCAAAGAGUCCACCUAAUGAGCAGGAAGCAGAGACAGAAGUGACUGAGGAAGGGGGCAACAGUGAUCCGUCCAAACUGAUGGAGGCUUUGCAGAAGAGAGUGAAGCGGCAGGAAAACCUCCUGCAGAAGUGUAAAGAAGUGCUGAGGACUCACAAAGAGCGCAGCGCACAACUCGGCAGUGAGAAUGAAACUCUCCAAGAACAGCUGCAGGAGAGGCUGCAGGAGCUGGAGAAGAUGAAGGAGUUGCACACAACAGAAAAAACCAAGCUCAUAAACCAGCUGCGCGACGCUAAGAACCACAUCGAACAGCUGGAACAAGACAAGGGAAUGGUUAUAGCCGAAACAAAACGGCAGAUGCACGAGACGCUUGAAAUGAAGGAGGAAGAGAUUGCACAGCUUCGGUCGCGGCUUCAACAGACCACCACUCAAAAAGAAGAGGUGCAGGAGCAAAAAGAGAGGGUAGAGAAGUCAGCGUUUGAGGAGCUGGAGAGGGCCCUGAGUGCAGCGCAGAAGUCUGAGGAGGCUCGGAGGCAGCUGCAGGUUCAGCUGGAGGAGCAGGUGAAGGAGGUGGAGCGAGCCGGUGAGGAGGAGCGCAAGAGUCUGCAGCAGGAGCUAAGUCGGGUCAAACAGGAGGUCGUCAACAUCAUGAAGAAAUCUUCAGAGGAACGAGUUGCCAAAUUGGAGCAAGAUCACAGUGAAGCUUUAGCUGCAAAAGAAGAAGAAAUGAACGCUUCCGUCAAUGCAGCUAUAGAAAAAUGCAAAGACGAGUUUGCCCAGUUAUCAAAAGAGCAAGAGCAGCAGGCCACUCUGGCAUUGGAGGACGCAGAGCUGCAGAAGACGGCUUUGAAGAACGAAUGCGAAAACAAGGUUAAAGAAAUACAGCUCGAACUGGAGGCUACUAAGACAAGAGUGUUGGAGUUGGAGAGCUCCACAGUGAAGGGCUCAGAGGAGGAAUCCAGUUUGUCCCAGGAACUUUCUUCUCGGCUGAACGAAUUGGAAAACCAACACCGCAAGCAAAUAUCUGCGCUGGGGCUGCAGCACCAGGAACAGCUGGAAAAGCAAAAGGGCACCCUAACCCAAGAGCAUAGUAGAGCCUUGGAGGAGCUCCGACAACAACACCGCACAGAGAUAGAGGCAAUUCUCAAAGACAAAGAGCAGCAGUUCCAAGCACACGUCGAAGAUAUGAACCAGAAAACCUUUGAGAAACUGGAGGCGAAGCAGAUCAAGCUGGAGGCCGUUUCCUCUGAGCUGUCGGAGGCUUUGAAGAAUAAACGGCUCUUGCAAGAGAAGCUAACCGCCGCAGAAGAAAAGCAGCAUUUGAUGAGCCGAGAACACCAUGAGAAGUACGACAAUCAAGCUGCAAAGCACAAAGUCGAGAUUCAGAAUAUUAAAGCGCAGCAUGAGCAGUCACUGGGCGGUAUGGAGAAAACGCUUAAAGAGGAACUUAAUGCCUUAAAAAUUGUUGUGAAGGAGAGGGAGAGGGAAAACAAGGAGCUGAGCCUCAAUGUAAAAACACUGAAAGAUGAAUCGCAGACAACGACGCAGGAUUUGAAGACUAAAUCGAAGCAAGUGGAGGAGCUGCAGCAGCGCUUAUCUCAGCUCCAAAGUGAAAGCGUAAAAGAGUCAAAUGCACAAUUGACUGCGAUUUCAGAGGCGUUUGAUCAGUGUAAAAAAGACUUGAGUGAUGCGCGGCAACAGUUAGAAGCAGCCAAGAGGGAAUGUGAACAAAAGGAGAAGACUUUACAUGAGAGUGAAAAUGAGCUGCAAAAGAGUAAAAAGGAACUAUGUGAAAAAGAGAAGUCGUUAGCGGCAGAGUUAAAUGGUAAACAAGAAGAAUUGACUCGCCUGCGGACUCAAUUUGAUAAGGAAAAAGCUGCGCUUGAAAAGAAACUGAAUAAUGUUAGGACUGAUUUGGAAAACAAGGUGAAGUCGCACGAAACGAAGAUGGAAAAAUUCAAACAAAAAGCCAAAGAAAUGAAGGAGACUUUUCAGAAAAAGCUUGAAGAGAAAGAUGAAACUAUGAAGAACGAAUUGGAAAAGAAAGAUGUCGAAGUUCAGCAAAAGGAAAAGCAGAUUCAGGAAAAAAUCUUGGAGAUGGCUCAGAAAAGCUCUCAAGGCCUCAGCGAUGCAGUGACAGAUCUACAGGCGAAUCACAAGGAAGAAGUGGAGAAAUUACACGUGACACAUAGGAAAGAGAUAGAGCAGCUGCAAGAGAGGAUGAAACUACAGGAGGCGGAUAUCACGGACAAAAAUGCACAAGUUUUACAAGAAAAACUCCAAGAACUAGAGGAUUUGAACGAGACGCUUAAGAGAGGCUCAGAGGAGAACGAUCAGAUGCUAUGCGAGGUAAAGAAUCUAAAGGAAGAGCUGGCCAUACGCGAAAUCACUGUGCAAAAACUACAAGCCGAGCUUAACAAAGCAGCAGUCAAAGUGGAGGAAUUAUCUCAGGGUGAGGCGUUGCUGAAGGAGAAAAUGGAGUCAGUGGAGAGAAACUUAAACCAGGCGCUAAACGAGAGAAACAGCCUACAGGACAGGCUGACUAAGGCCGAGGAGGAGAGCAGGGAGGCAUUAAAAACCCUGUCAGGACAAGUGGAGCAGAGGGAGUCGCAGCUAAGGGCUCUGGAAGGGUCCAAAAGUAAAGAAAGUGAAGACUUGCAGCUUAAAUUGGAAGAGACCGCCGUGCUGUUACAAGCCAAGGAGGCCGAGUUCCAGCAGCACUUAAUAACCAUCGCCAACCAAAUGGAGCUUCACUGUCAGGAGGUUCAGGAGAAACUGCAGUGUGCUUCUAAUGAGCUCUGUCAGCGAGUGGAGAGCAGGACUGAGGAGCUGAAUGACAAGCUAGGGCACAGUUGCAGAAAGGUAGCACACCUCCGCAACACUAUACUCGCUAAAAUAGACAACAUUUGCACUUUAGAGGAGAGUUUGCGACAGAAGACGGAGGAGAACAGAAAUCUAUGCAUUACUUUAGACCAGUUGAACGCUCAGGUAAAAGCGCAAGCUGACCAAAUAUUAGCCUUAACUAAUGAUUCCGAAACUUUCAAUAAGGAAAAUCUCCAGAGAGUGCAGACGCUCAGUGAAGAGAACAGAGUGAUAUCAGAAAGCAUCAAAGCCAAUGAAUCUCAUAUCAGUAACUUGGAAGGCAUCAUCAGUGACUUGAAAAAUCAGCUGGCGAGUAGCAUACAAGAUAAAGAGGAAGCCAUUAAUCAAAUAAACCAGCAGUAUAAAGAGGAGAGGCUACAGGCUGCAGCGCAAAUGGAGGAAGUUAUGAAGAGACUCGAGCAAGAGAAGACAUCUGCUCUGGAUGAGGCCGCUACACUCAGGAAAAGUCUCUCCGAACUAGAAAACAACACGGCAUCCAGGUGUGCCCAAAGUAAUAACACUAUCACAGCAUUACAAACUGUACUUGAAGAGCUGGAGCGUGAAAUCCGUGAAAAAAACGAUGCCUUGCAAAGACUGACCGCGAGUAUCGACAAUCAGUCCAUCAGCAAGUCUGAAAUGGACCAGAUCUUGAGCGAGAAGGAGCAGAAGGUGAGCGGGCUUACCUCGGAGCUCGAAAGUUGCAACAAACGACUUGGGGAGAUACAGGAGCAACUUGCCUUAAAGAUACAAGAGUGCGAGCAGCUAACCAUAGAGCUAAAGCAGCAACAGAGCAUCGCAGAGAAUGAAAAGAAAGUGUUGGUCGAACAGUUACAGCAGACGCAAAUGCAGUGCACGAAAAAUGGAAAUGUGGAGCAGGAAAUGAUGGAGAAAUUGCAUUCACUCAAAGAGGACAAUGAAAAGUGUCGACUCGAGAUGCAGAAUCAAAAGGAAGAAUUCGACAGGGUUAAAAGUGAAAUUAUGAAAACCAAUGAGGAGAAUUUAAAGGCAACGCAGGAGAGAAUCGAGGCAGAAAGCUCAAAGAAAGUAUCGGAUUUGAAGAAGAAAGCAGAACAGAAAAUUGGGCAGAUUAGAAGGCAGCUAAUGUCGCAACUGGAAAAUAAGCAGCAGACCAUUGCGUCACUACAGGCGAGUUUACAGGAAGCGACCAAGAUGGAGACAUCUGGGAGAGAGCAGGUUCAAAUGCUGGUAGACCGGGCAAAAUCACUAGAAGAUGCAAUUGCAAAGCUAAAGGAGGAAAAUCAGAAACAGAUUGAAGAACUUCAGAGUCAAGGAAAGAUUGAUAAAGAAAAAGCUUUAGAUGAAUUGAAAAGUGUGUAUGAAGAGAAGAUGGCGUCGCUUCAAAACAACGGCGUGAAUGACCAAGAGCUUCAGCAAACACAAUCGAAAGACGUGCGGGCGAUGAGAAAAGAGCACGAUCAGGAGCUGGAGUUGGUGAAGAAAGAGGUGAUGGAGGAGAUGGACAAAAAGUUCAAAUCAGAGCUGGAGGAUAUGGAAUUGAAGCACAACUCGACAGUGAAGCAGUUAAUGAGGGAGUUCAGCUCACAAAUGGCCUUAAAGGAGCGCGAACUCGAGACGGCUGUGACCGAAACCAUUGAAAAGGCCCAGGCAGUGGAGACUGAGCUCAUCUACAGCCAUCGAGAGGAGGCCACUCAACUGCGCAAGGUGAUUUCCCAAAAGGACGAAGAUUUACACCAAACUGUGAAGAAAUAUGAAGAGGUUAUUCAGACAAUGUGGGCAGGUCCCAGAACAAAAAGAGUUGGAGGAUCUGCAUCCUGCAGGCGCAGACCCGCAGCCACUGAUGAGGGAGAAAUGACCCUUGAGGAGCUACAGGCGCAGCUCGCAGAGAAGACGUCUUUUCUGAGUGAGGCUCGGCUGAAGGAGCAGGAGUUUGUGGAGAAAAUCCACUCACUUGAAGACCAGAUCAAGUGUUUCCACAGAAAUGCUGUUGUAACUCAUCUUGCCAGCACAAAGAAAGAGCCAAGUUACAACAGUACUGACCCACUGUCUGAAGCCACUGAGAUGGAAUACCUACGGAAAGUGUUAUUUGAGUACAUGAUGGGACGAGAAACUAGAACGAUGGCCAAAGUUAUAACUUCCAUGUUGAAGUUUCCUCCGGAUCAAACUCAAAAGGUUUUGGAAAAUGAAGACGGUAAAGUGCCGCCCUGGUUACGAUGA